AUGCGCGACUGGAGAGACACUCCUCCGUGGUGCCCCGUGAAGAGACGCCGGACCUGCAGCAGCAGCAGCAGCAGCAGCAGCAGCAGCAGCAGCAGCAGCAGCGGCGGCGUGUGCACGGGGGUGCGCGCCAACACAGCAGCACAUAGGAGCUGCAUCAACACCGCUCGUAGCGGCUUGUGCAGCAGCAGCAGCAGCAGCAACAGCAGCAACAGUGCAUGCUCCACCAGCAAACAAAAGAGCGCUUGUUGCUGCUGCAGCACGGGCAAGCAGCAGCAGCAACGAGGGGAGAGCUGCAUGGUGCAGCGGCAGCGGCAGCAAAAAUCGCAGGAGCGAAAGCAGCAACAGCAGCAGCAGCAGCAGCAGCAGCAGCAGCAAACACAGCAGCAGCAGCAGCAGCAGCAGCAAAUGCAGCAGCAGCACCUUCUGAAAUUGGUCUUGUCUGAUUUCUGCAUUCCUCAUCCCUUUUGCGUCUUUGAACUCUCCAGAGCCUGUCUUCAAUAUGCCUUUGUUCCCCCUGUUGGCUGA